GGCGGUGCCGCUUGAGGGGCCGCGGGCGGGCGUGGCUGCGGUGGCCUGCGUCGCCAUGGAGGGGGACCGCGGGCUUCGCGCCCCCUGUGCCGGGAAGGCACCGCGGAAGAAGCACCGCGCGUCCCCUCUGCCGGGGGCAGCCACUCUCCCGGGCAGCCGGACCGGUGUCUCCCAGACGUGCCGGCGGCGCCUGUUCGGGAGCGCGAGGCCUCGCGGGCCCGAGCCCUCUUGCCUGAAGAAAAAGCUCAGUGGGAAAAACCUACCAAAAAUUAAAGAAAAUGUUGAAUACACUGAAGAGAGCUCUUCAUGCAACCAAAGCAAUCAAGUGAAUGUCAGAGGAACAACAGACUUCAAGAUAAAAGAAGAAGAACCAGAAGGAAGCAGUGUACCACUGAAGGAAUCCAAAAUAAUCAACUUUGAAAGUAAAGGAAGUUUGAAGAAUGCUGAAGUGACUUCAAGUACAGAAAUUACUCUUCCCACAGGUGUUUCCACCUUUCUCAUAGAGUAUUUAGAUGAAGAUUCAGCUGUAGAUUAUAGCACUAUGAGCAACAGCCUGAAGAGUUAUUCAUCCCCUGAAACGUUCAGAGAUAAUGAUUCAGGAUGCAAUUUUUACUCUGUGGACCCUAGCAAGUACAAGAACUCUACUCUCCUGGACUCCAGCAAAGCAGUGACCAUAGAUAAGAUACCACAGAUCUCAAAUGUUUCAGCAAUAUUAGAACCUGUACCAGAGGAUUUUCCAGACCGAUGCAUUAGAAGAAAGAGACCAUCAAAUUGCAAUUACAGUUCUUCAGCAUUAAGCAUUUCAACUACGCUGGCAGGCAAAAAACUCUGUAAAAUAACAGCUGCCAGAGAGAGAACUCCAGACCUAAAAAGUGGUAUGCGCUGUUCUUCACCGUUAGGACCGGAAAGCAAGUAUGAUAAUCAAACAGCUAAAGCCAAAAGGAUGAAGAAAAAAGCCCCCAGUUUUAAUCCUUUAGAAGAAGGUUCGUCAUCGUUUAGGCAGCUUGAUUCCCCAGGAAACACUUCAGCCAGAUCAAAGGGGUUGACAGCAGAAGUUCUGCCAACCAAACCAACAGAUGCUGUGGUGCAAAUGACUUCCACCAUGCUAAUCAUGGAGGAAAAUAAAGUCCUAAAAAAUCCUGGUAAUGCUCAGCCUUUAGAGCUAGAUCUGAGCUUGUCGCCGGUGUGCAAAGCCUCACCUGGGGAAGACCUGUUCCCGAAUACCACAGGUCCAUUUGUAAAUUCAGAAGAAAUUGUUCCUGCAUCUCUGAGCUCAGAAAAAGAAAUUAUUCCUCAAAGUCCAGAAGAAAAGAAUAUUUUAAAGCCUCUGUGUGACAGACGAGAAGUCUGCUCCAUCAUUAGAAUGUCACCAGGCCAGAGGCCUUCCCAGCUCCAGCAAGUUCCAGUUAACUGGAAAGAGUUCCACCUUCCCAAAGGAGUGCCUGAAGAUACUAUUACAAGUACCAAAAAUUGGAUCUACUGUAAACAGAGAUGAGAUUUUUGGCUCUCAGCAGGAGUUAACAGAAGAAAUUACCAUCUUGCUGCUGUGGCAGGGUGAAACAGAACUCCUAACUAGUAAUUAAUCUAGUAAUUAAUGGUUGUAAUUUUUUUUGCAUAUAUGUUGUUUGAAAUUUAGUAUUAUGUGUUUCAGUAAGCUAGUAAAUACUCAAAUACGUGAUAUUAAAUUAUUUUGUACAGCAACUA